CAGCCUUCAUCAAUGUGUAAUUCUGUGUCGGACAAUUCACCAGUAGAUAACCGUGCGACGAACCCCGGACGCGCACAAUACGUUACACCACCAUCGAGCUUCAUCGGGCCUCUCACCCCACCUGCGACUGACGAAAGGUUCCCUCAGACCGAACGUAUCCUCGCGCACUUCAGAGAUAUCCAAAGCGGACAUCGAAAACUCUGUGGAGAGCAGACGUGGAUCCAAUUUUCGCUUGCGGACGGUGAGUUCGACGAGAUAGAGCGACGCCUCGAGGGCGAUCCAGACUUAAAUAGAUACGUUCGGGACAAGAUCCGAUACGAUUAUGACGACCGAACACGGCAUUUCGUUAUUCGGAUGCUCAGCGACAUCCACGAGACCUUUCGCGAGGCAUUGCACCAGGAGAUCUGGAGGUGGAUAAACCGGCUCGCUGCAAGACAGGAUAAUGUUGGAGCACCUUCGUACAAGUUUCCCCCUAUAGCUCCUGAUACGGAUUCUAGCAUCGAUCCCGAUACCCCUGCCGAGGUUGAUGCUGCACAAGCAACCCAUACACCCGACAUCCCCUUCCGUCACGAGGAAGACGCAUUACCUGGCACAAUUAUCGAGGUGGCGUAUUCCCAAGCAUCUAAGGAUCUCCGGAGGCUGGCCUACGCCUAUUUGGUGCAUUCCAAUGCGGCAGUACAGGUGGUUUUCGGCUUUGAUCUCAAAGACGGGCCGACCGGAAAGGCAACGUUCUUAGUCUGGCGGAGCAAAGACGAGGGUGACGUGCUGAGCAUGGUCACCAAGUACUAUCAACAUGAAUUCCGUGGUAUGAACGGAGAACCUACUAGUCACGAUCCGCUAUGCUUCCGACUCAAGGACUUUGCAAUGGACGAGACUGCAAAAGAGAUACUGGGUGAUGAUGAUGCGGAGCUCUCCAUAACUAUGGACCAACUCUGCGCCUUCCUAUCAAAGGCAGAGAAGAAGGUAGAGGAUAAGAAGAGGGGGGAAUUGCGGAUCAAGAGGACUGUUGUGGGCAAGAGAAAACUGCCAUUGGAAGAGAUCUUCGGCUGA